UAUAAUAACGUAUUCAAUUUAGGAUAAUAAAUAAUUAUAAAAGGAUUUUAUGAAUAUCUUUUUACUUUCUUCGAAUCUUGGCUGUUAUGUUGUCACAGAUGUAGCUAAUAACAAUAUUGAUUUUUAUAUCAAAUAAACGUCAAAAUACAUUAUUGUUAUAAUAUUAUGAAAUAUGUGGCAAGAUAGUGAAAUUCGAUUUGAUGUUUCUUAUGCGCAAAUGCAAUUACAGCUGGGAGAAUUUGCAGUUGAUAAAUUAGAUUUAAUAGAGGACACAAAAGGGAAUGCAGGUGAAAGAGGAAGACUUAUAGUAACAAACCUUAGAAUUAUAUGGCAUUCUCUGCUUCUGCCUCGAAUUAAUCUAAGUAUUGGCUAUAAUACUUUCAUAACAGUGAAUUCUAAAACUAUUCACACUUUACAUGGAAAAUAUAUGCAAGCUGUACAUAUCUUAGCUUCUUUCCGAAACUGCAGAUACGAAUUUAUAUUUAUAAAUCAAGAUUCAAAAAGUACAAGACACUUUACAUCUGUUAUUGGUAUAUACAGAGCAUACGUUUCGUCUAAAAUUUAUCGAGAAAUUAAGUUAAGAAGUGGAAUAAUCAAUGACAAACGAUUAAUCCUACUACCACAAGAAACAAUUCAUUUAACUCUGCAAGAUAUUUGGAAUUUAUCAUUAGAGCAGGGAAAUAUUGGAACCUUCAUUGUAACAAAUAUACGUUUAGUAUGGUUUGCUGACAUGAAUGAUCAAUUCAAUAUAUCAAUUCCUUAUCUUGUAAUAGAAAAAAUCUCUAUAAAAAAUUCAAAAUUUGGCCCAACAUUAGUUAUUGUAAGUACAGAAUCUAGUGGAGGCUAUAUAUUAGGAUUUCGAGUUGACCCUAUUCAGAAGCUUUAUUCUCUUCAUAAAGAAAUUUUAACGUUGUUGAAAACAUUCGAAAAAUUUCCUAUUUUUGGUGUCGAUUAUACAGUUGAACAUCAGGCUUCGUUACAACAAGAUUUCAAUGUAGAACAACAAUCUGAAAUACAAGAUAGUCAAAUUGAAAUUUCAAGCGUGUUUGGAUACUACUUUUCAGAAGAAUCAAAUCAAAGAAAACCCAGCUUUUCAACUUACUUAGGGCUUGCAACAGAAGAACCUAGAGAAACUAGUACAUUGCAAAGUCUAUGGGAAUUAGUACCCCCAAAUUAAUUGACACAUCAAUAAUUUUUAAAUAUUAUAUAAAGAUUACUUUGUUGUUAUAUGUAUAAAUUUACAUACAAAUUUAAUUUGUAG